UGAUAUAAAACUUUCUUUACAAAGACUUUAGAUCCUUCUUCAUCCUUCUUCUUCUCUAUUCUUAUAUAAAAACCAAACCCCAUAACCUUAAAAAAAGAAAAUAAUAAAAAAAAAACAUGGCAUCAACAACAACACCCAAAAGAUCCCCAGAAGAAAUCGAAGACAUAAUCCUUAAAAAAAUAUUCCUCGUAACCCUAACUGAUUCAAUGACAAACGACCCACGAAUCGUUUACUUAGAGAUGACAGCUGCAGAAAUCAUGAGUGAAGGUCAUGACUUGAAACUUUCUCAUCAUUUAAUCGAACGAAUUCUCGUCGACCGAUUAUCGGGUAAUUUCGUAUCUGCAGAACCCCCUUUUGUUUACUUAAUUGGUAUAUAUAAACGUGCUUAUGAAGAAAGUAAGAAAAUUUCUAAUAUGAAAGAUAAAUUAGUUAAGACCCAUAUGGAAUUUGUCGUUAAUCAGGCGAAAAAGUUGUCGGUUUCGUAUUGUAGGAUACAUUUAAGUAACCCUGAUAUGUUUCCUGAUUGGGAUAAGAAUAAAACCAAUGUUUCCCCUUUAUUGCCCUUAGUGUUUAACGAGGUUUCGAGUUCGGUUGAUGUGUUUGGGGGUGGUGGGAGUGGGAGUGGGAAUGGGGCGUUGAGUUGUCCGGGGUUUUUGGAGGAGUUUUUUAAGGAUACGGAUUAUGAGACUAUGGAACCGAUAUUGAAACAGUUGUUUGAGGAUUUGAGAGGGAUUGUGUUGAAGUGUUCGGCACUUGGGAAUUUUCAGCAGCCGUUGAGGGCGUUGAUGUAUUUGAUUAGUUUUCCUGUUGGUGCUAAAGCGUUGGUGAAUCAUCAAUGGUGGAUACCUAAAGGUGCGUAUUUGAAUGGUCGGGUUAUUGAGAUGACGAGUAUUUUGGGUCCGUUUUUUCAUGUUAGUGCUCUUCCUGAUCAGACUAUUUUCAAGGGUCAGCCUGAUGUUGGUCAGCAGUGUUUUUCGGAUUCAUCGACACGACGUCCUGCAGACCUUUUGUCAUCGUUUACGACUAUUAAGACUGUCAUGAACAACUUAUAUGAUGGCUUGGCAGAAAUUCUUAGGUCUCUUCUUAAGAACACGAGCACACGAGAGAAUGUGCUUCAGUAUAUUGCCGAAGUGAUCAACAAAAAUGCAUCAAGGUCACACAUCCAGGUUGAUCCAAUAUCUUCUGCAAGUUCGGGCAUGUUUGUCAAUCUCAGUGCUGUUAUGCUUCGCUUGUGCGAGCCGUUCUUAGACACACAUUCAACAAAGAAAGACAAAAUUGACCCUAAAUAUGUAUUUUAUGGUUCUCGUUUGGAUUUCAAAGAACUCACUGCACUUCAUGCAUCUUCAGAGGAAGUUACUGAUUGGUUAAAAUUAAAUAGCCCAAGCAAUGCACACGGAUCUACGAACUAUUCAUUUAUUUGUGAAUGUUUUUUUAUGACUGCGCGGGUCCUGAAUUUGGGAUUGUUGAAAGCUUUUUCAGACUUCAAGCAUCUUGUGCAGGACAUAUCAAGAUCUGAGGAUAGCCUAGCAACUUUAAAAACCAUGCAGGAGCAAGCACCUUCACCUCGACUGGCACAGGAUAUUGCUCGAGUUGAGAAAGAAAUCGAAUCUUCUACACAGGAGAAACUAUGUUACGAGGCACAGAUAUUGAGGGAUGGAGGACUUCUUCAACAGGCGCUAUCUUUCUAUCAGUUAAUGGUAGUUUGGUUGGUAAGUCGAAUAGGCGGAUUCAGAAUGCCGUUACCACAACCUUGCCCAAUGGAAUUUGCAUGUAUGCCUGAGCACUUUGUGGAAGACGUUAUGGAAUUGCUAAUUUUUGCUUCUAGGAUUCCACGAGCUUUGGAUGGUGUCAAGCUGGAUGAUUUUAUGAACUUCAUUAUCAUGUUCAUGGCGAGUCCAGAAUAUAUUAGAAAUCCUUAUUUAAGAGCAAAAAUGGUUGAAGUCCUGAACUGCUGGAUGCCUCGUGGGAAUGACACAUCGUCUGCCACAAGUUCACUAUUUGAGGGGCACCAACUAUCUGUCCAAUAUCUUGUGAGAAAUCUUUUGAAACUUUACGUUGAUAUCGAAUUCACAGGCUCCCACACACAGUUCUAUGACAAAUUUAACAUCCGUCAUAACAUCGCUGAGCUACUAGAGUAUCUGUGGCGGGUUCCUGUUCAUCAGAAUGCUUGGAAACAGAUUGCCAAAGAAGAGGAGAAGGGUGUUUACCUUAACUUCUUGAACUUCCUAAUUAAUGACAGUAUCUUUCUUCUUGAUGAAAGCCUGAACAAGAUUCUUGAACUCAAAGAGCUGGAAGCUGAGAUGUCUAACACAGUUGAAUGGGAACAAAGACCGGCACAAGAGAGGCAGGAGAGAACUAGACUUCACCACUCCCAAGAAAAUAUUAUUAGGAUUGAUAUGAAGUUGGCCAUGGAAGAUGUGAGCAUGCUUGCUUUCUCCACAGAGCAAAUUACCGCUCCUUUCCUGCUACCAGAAAUGGUUGAAAGAGUUGCCAGCAUGUUAAAUUAUUUUCUACUACAACUUGUAGGUCCCCAGAGGAAAUCGUUAACCUUGAAGGAUCCUGAAAAAUAUGAGUUUCGGCCAAAACAGUUGCUAAAGCAGAUUGUCAACAUAUAUGUUCAUCUGGCAAAAGGUGAUCAUGAGAAUAUUUUCCCAUCUGCCAUUACAAAGGAUGGACGGUCCUACAAUGACCAGUUAUUCACAGAAGCUUCAAGUGUUCUUAGAAGAAUUGGUGAAGAUCCAAGAGUUAUACAGGCAUUUGAUAAUCUUGGUCAAAAGGCUAAAGCUGCAGCAUCAGAAGCCAUGGAUGCUGAAGCUGUUCUUGGGGAUAUCCCAGAUGAAUUUCUAGAUCCAAUCCAGUACACUCUGAUGAAAGAUCCGGUCAUUUUACCAUCCUCAAGAAUGGUAGUAGACCGACCAGUGAUUCAGAGGCAUCUUCUUAGUGAUGCAACAGAUCCCUUCAAUCGUUCACAUCUUACCCCAGAAAUGCUGAUUCCAGACAUAGAACUGAAGCAAAAAAUUGAGGAAUUCAUUAGGUCACAACAAAAUAAGCAAGAGGGUGACGAGAUGAGCAUGCAAAGCAGCUCCAAAUCUUCAAUUCAAUCACCUGAUGGUACGAGGCCUUUAAUUGAUUAGGAAGUGAUCGUAGACUGUAAUUUUUGUAUUUAUUAGCAUCCAGUGCCAUGGUAUCGAGAAAGGUUUUUUCUUUAAUCUUCAAAAUUUGUAAAACGAUCAAUUAUAUGAUAGAAAUUAUGGCUCCGUUGAUGUCAAGAACCAAACAGUGAAUAAUUUAUGGCGACGUUUUGCCUUACAA